AUGAAUAUUUUCGUCUUUGGCGGAAUUUUGACCUCUUUGCUAACUCUGGCAUCAGGUCUUCAGUGUUACCAGUGCCAGACACUUGCCUACAAAACGUGUCGUGACCCCUACGCCGGUGAAGACCUGGGUGACUGUGAUGAUGGCACCUUGUGUACUAAGUUUAAAACAGUGGUCAAAAUCAGAGAUUCUGGUUAUAUCACUGGAUGGGAAAGAGAUUCACAAGUAGUCACAAGGUCCUGCGAGCCAAAAAAGGGCAAGAAGGAAGGUUGCAUCGCUUGGCAAAACAAUGGCGGGUUUACUAUGAAGUGUUGGUGUGGAACAGACGGAUGUAACAGCGGCCGUGCCCUCACGCCUGCGACGAGCUCAAUUAUUCUAUCAUGUCUUAUCUCUAUGCUAGUCUUUGUAUUGGUUAGGCUGCAUUGA